AUGGUGGCAAGAGGAAGAAGUAAGUCAAUUGUUCAGAAGAUUGCUGCUGAUGUCCCGUCAUAUAAUGAAGAUCAUUUAAAUCUAGGUGAUUCAAGACCAAGUACUCCAACCGCAAGUACUUAUAAGUUAACCAAAUCAAAAUCAUUAAUAGAGUUGAAUGGUAUCAAGCACGACGAAGAAGAAGAUCAAACUACUUUGCUUGAUUAUCCUUUGAAUGCCCAACAAUCAGACAAAAUAUGGUCUACUUAUAUUGAUAGUUAUAACUAUGAUUGUUUAUUAAGUUUCCAAGAUAUAAAUUGCAUUAAUAACUUACAUAUUGAUAAUGUACUUAACUUUCAAAACUCAUGUGCCAUCAAUCAAGUCCAGAUUAAAGGAUUCAUGGAUGAAACAGAUGAUAUUUUAAAUCAAAUUCAUUCUUUGUUAACCAAAUAUGAUCAAAUCUCACAUGAAACCAUUGAUUUUGAUCAAGAAUCAAGUCAUUUAUUAAAUCAACAAAAUUCAUAUCAACAAAAGUAUACUCAAAUUGAAAAUUAUUUAAGACAUUUUGAAAAUCUCGACGCUAUAACUAGAAACUUAUCCAAAUCAGGUAAUCAUUUACUUAAUCAAAGACGAGAUUUCUUUAUAAAUACUAUUUUAAGAGACUUGGAUGAAUCUAUAGAAUUUAUAAGAUUACAUCCUAAAUUCAAAGAUAUUGAAUUAUAUGAUAAUAGAUUUAAUCAAUGCUUGACUAGAAGUUUAACUUUAAUUAAAAAUUAUUUGAUUUCAGAGUUAAAAGGGAUUUAUGAUGGAUUAAAUAAAAAAUUACAAGAUGAUUCAAAACGUUUAACAAUUGAUUUAUUAAUCUUCAAUGAAUUUAAUGAAUAUUUAAAGUUUAAUGAUGAUGGAUUCAAAGAUUUCAUUAAUGAAAUCAUCAUAAGAAUUCAAAUCAAUCGUGAAUAUCAAGGAUUAUUGAAUGAUAUUUUAAAUAAUUAUUUCAGAAUAAGAGCAAAUUUAUUAAGACAAUAUAUCCCCAAGCAUUUAACAUUUAACAAAAAGAGUCAAGAUAAUAUCGUUCAAUUAUGUCAAGAUCAAAUUUCAUUUUUCAAAAAGGUGAUUGAACGUGAAUUCACCUUAUUUAAACGAUUCUUCGUUGUUGAAAACUCUCAUGUCCCUUCUUUUGUGAUUGAAGAAUUUUACAGCCAUUUAAAGGAUAUCUUGGAACCAUUAUAUGAUAAUUUAAGGCAAUUGAUCCUUCGUGAGAUUAACAUAUCAAAAUUAUGUCAAUUGACUUCCUUAUUACAAAAGUAUUAUGAAUUUGAAGAUGAUAAUGAUAGUUUACAUAGUGGAGGUGGUGGUGGCAACUCUUCCACUCUUCCAUCUAUAAACUAUGGUGAAUUAUUCCAACCUAUCCUAGAUGAUGUUCAACAAAGAUUGAUUUUCAGAACUCAAAUUUAUGUUGAUGAUAAAUUAAUGAAAUAUAAACCAAAGCCUGAAGAUUUGAAAGUGGGUAAUAGAAAGAAAAGUAAGAGUUCUUCAAAAGUUUCUGAAUCAACUGAAACUCCUGUUGAAAUAAUCGAUGCUUUGGAAGCAGACUAUCCUGAUAAUUUAUUCCCUGAUGUCUAUUUACCUUUAGCAAAAGCAUUAACAUUAUUAUCAAGUAUCUACGAAUUAAUCAAUUCAGUUGUAUUUGAUGAUUUAGCACAUUACAUAGUGCAUGCUUGUAUUAUAUUAUUGAAAGGCGAAUUUUAUAAACUUUCAAUCACAUUCUUAGGUACCAUUGAUGCUCAAUUGGAAUACAUAAAGAAUUUAAUAGUGUUGAAGACUCAAAUUAAUAAUUUUGAUAUUCAAUAUACCAGAAAUGAUUACACAAUUGAUUUUACAAGUGGUUUAAGUGAUAUAUGGCAUAUAUUCAGAUCGAAAUCAUUAGAUAGAAAUACUUUAUUAGAAGUUGCCUAUAAAACAGUACCAAAAGUGGUAAGCAAUAUGAUUGAUGCCAAUUAUGAAAUUGAAUUGGAAUUAAAUAAUGCUGUAACAUUCUUUAUUGAUACUUGUUCUCGUGAUAUUUGUGAACCAUUAUCAUCUACAUCAAAAGAUAAAAUAUUAACAGAAGCCAAGGAUAUUAAUUCAAAGUUCAAACAUAAUCUUUUGGUUAAAAUUCCUCAACUUUAUAAACAAACCAAAAUUUAUAUUGAUAAUCCAAAUAUCAUUGAAUAUUUGAUGAAUAGUUUAACUAACUUGAUUGUUUUAACUUAUGAAAAUGAUUUCUAUAAAAUCAUAACAGAUGGUUUAUCUAAAAUAGAAAUUAAGGAUGAAAUUGAUGAUAUUAUGGAAGUUGAUACGUUAUUUGGAUUUAUAAAUGAAUUAGUGAUCAACUUAUAUGAACCAGCAUCAUUACAGGAGCAAGUUAUAUCAAGUCCAAUUCAAUUCAAUGAAGAUAUCUUGGAUGAUUUGACUAUUGAUGAUAUUCGUAAUAACACCAGGACUCCAGAUCCAGAUAUUUUAGAUCCAAUAGUUGUACUGCCAAUCAUCGCACCCACUGAUGAUAGUUUGAUUGAAUCAACGAUUGUGGCAGAACCUCUUUCUCCACCACCAGUAAAUAAUGGCCAUGAUAUUCAACCAGACAAUAAUUAA